AUAAGCUGCUCUAUUGUUCGCAACUGCAUAAUACUCACCUUUUUCCUCACUUACACCCCAUCCCCCCAAACCCACGGCUUUAAUGCACGUGCGCGGCGGCGGCCGAGACGGUCUUCGACGCACUUUCUGCUGGUUCUUGGUGUUUACUGCUGUCCAGACCCGUCUCUGCCUCCCCGUCCGCGGCUUUGUUCCCUGUCCCCGUGCUCUUCUUCCUCCUGUCGCUCUUUCUUCCGCUUCUCUGGCUGUUUUUGGUCGUCUGAACCUCGCGCGCGACCAGAACCUGCCAUGUACGCUCACCACCAGCAGCGGCACUUCCAGGGCCCAUCUCCUCCGUUGUCUUUCUCUACCUCGCCUUCGUCGCCUUCCCAACUCCAGAGCCUUCCCGCUAUGCUCAGUCAACAGCACGUAUCUGCCGUGCUUCAGCAGCAGCGGCAGCAGCAGAUGCAGGCAUCCAUUUCCGCCCCUCACCAGCACGACCACGUACCGCAGCAGCACAUGGACCAGUCCAUGCACCUAGACCUUGGUCUAGCCGACGACAUCGUGGACGACGACGACUUUGACGAAGAGGAUCGUCACGAUCCGCGCUCGGAAGAACAGAUGUACGAUGGCUCCCCCGUCUCGUCAAUGGCCUCGCCGAUGCCCCAGCAGCAGCAGCAUCAGCAGGCCCCGCCAGACGACUCGGAUCAGCCGCUCUAUGUCAACGCGAAGCAAUAUCACCGCAUCCUCAAGCGGCGGCUUGCGCGCGCAAAGCUUGAAGAGUCACUUAAGGUCAGCAAGGGCCGUCGUCCAUAUCUGCACGAAAGUCGACACAAGCACGCCAUGCGCCGUCCGCGCGGCCAAGGCGGACGAUUUCUCACGGCUGCGGAAGUCGCAGAGAUGGAGGAGAAGAGAUUACGUGAAGAAGCAGGGCAAUCAAAGCCUGGAUAUGACGAGCAGACGGAGAGUAAUCAGAAGCAACAUCAGCCGCAACAGAACCAAGCUUUGCGGCCAGAAGAACAGCAGCGGCAGUCAGGGCAGCAGAACAACAUCCAGCAGCAGCAGCAGCAGGACCGCCAACAAACUCAACCACGGCAGCUCCUAGAUCAGAAACAGCAACCUCAGAUGAGCGCACAGUCCGAACAACGAAACAGCGCAAAUCAAAUACAAUCAGCUAUGAGUAUCUCAUCGGUGUCACCGGAUUACCUGAACGUCGACAGUCGGAAUAUCGGCAACGACGAUGUCUCAGACGGCGUCCUGGCAGGCGUUGGUGGAAUAGACGGUGCCGAUCUGCAGAUGUAGAGAUUCUGCUGCCGUUUUCGAUGAAUGAUGGAUAUCUUGUUUAAUUUUUGUUUGUUUGUCAAGCGUGGGAGUACGGGAAAAUUUUGUUCGGAAGUCUAGAGACUACAUACUAAUGGCCAACCAAGCUGUUUGCAAAAAAACGUGUCUAUUUUCAUAUCCUUUUCUUUGAUCUUGUGUUUUAUUUGUUUUGGUUAAUCUCUUUUGCUGAUCAUGACGACGAGCGACUGGUCACUGUACUCUACGUAAUGUGCUAUUUCGUGUUCUUGUCAAUUGUUUGUUUGCUUGUUUUUAGUUGUAUAGUCAUUUCCUCCAUGUUUAUCUAUUGAAUCGACGAUUUUCGUGAUUAGUAUGCUUAUCUAUUGAAUCGACGAUAUUCGUGAUUAUUGUGGAGUGCGUUUGUAACGAGCAAGGCUUCAUAGUCCAUUAUUUGCCUGAAUGAGUCAUUUCCUGACCUUC